AUGAUUGCUUAUCCCCUGUACUGCCAAAAUGACGUUUUCUGGAACAUCUACUUUCCCGCCGCUAGCGCUGGGAAUAGGUUCCUCUUCCAGGCCCGAACCACCCCUCAAUCUACUCUGUCAAAAUCACGACGAACUCAAGUGUUCACGCUUUCCCCUCCACCUCUGCGAAGUGUAUCGCAACUCAAGAUUGUAACCCAACUCGGUCGACGUUCGUCAGAACUAUCACCUCUAUCUCCAACACCACAUCUUUGCACUUCUAACCAAGAGCUGAAUGAUACCGAAGUGACUCGCAUCUUGCAAGCUAUCAACGGGGCUGAGAGAGAUGUCGCAGAGCUCGUGCAGCAGAUCAAGACAAACCCCCGGGAUUUGGGGAUCCGACGACGCUACUCCGCGUGUGUCCAGUUCCUCGAAGAACACAGGGGCCUUUUAUCUCCAGUACGCCGCUUGCCCUACGAGCUCUUGGCACAGAUUUUCGGUUUUUGCGCGAAUGAUCCACAGCCGUGUUGGACAGCUCCCGCCUGGACGUUGGCACAUGUGUCACGCCGAUGGAGAGCUGUUGCGUUAUCUUUUCCGGAAAUUUGGGGUGUGGUCCCUCCGAUCAGGUUGUCGAUGAAAGAUAAGGGGAAGAAAUUUAUUCCUUUGCUUAGGGAACUCCUCCACCGUUCAGGCGAGCACCCGCUUUCCUUACACGUCUCCUCCGACGAGGACGGCGUCGUCAAUCACCCCAUCUUUCAACUUCUUAUUACACAUUGCAUGCGAUGGCGAACUGUCGUCAUGGAGCUUGAGGUGAAGGAUUUCCAGGCUCUUACGCAGUUCAUCCGACGUCGUUUGUCUUCCUUAUAUUCGCUCAAGCUGGCCGUUCGAAUGCCACACGUGGGGGACUACGUCCUCGAACCGUUCAGCAUCGCUCCAAUGCUGCGAGAGGUGGAAAUCGACUGCCCACGGAUACAGCUUCUUCUUCCUUGGGAGCAGUUGACCAGAUACACGGAGCGCUCUACGGAUCCUAUCGGCGUCAUACAGGUCCUCAAUAUAUCUUCCGAUGUGAACUACUUCUCCUACUCCACGCGGGCCGUCUUUCCUAUCCAAGGGCACCUCGAACCAAUGUCCCUCGCUAAGCUCACAACCUUGCAUCUCACUUUCUAUAAUCCAUGGCUAUCAUCGACCUCGAUUAUGGCGAGCCUCACCUUACCCUCUCUAACUGAUCUUCACAUUCGGUCCUUAAACACCUCACUAGUCGACGACCUCAUCGACAUAACUCUCCGCUCAAAAUGCGUCUUGCAAAAACUUUCCAUACAUUCCUCACCUGUCAAAGGUGGAAUCACGAGGAUCCUCCUGUUCACCCCAUUUCUAACCGAGUUCAAAUGCAACGAGUUCGUCAAGGACGACAUAGAACGUCUCCACGCUAUCCCCGGAAUUCCCUCCCUUGCGCCCCGCCUCCGCAAGCUCGUCAUCCAAUCCGACACGCCCAUGAGGGAACUCAACGACAUGCUUCUCAGUCGGCAUUCGGGGGCAGAGAACGUUGCGCUUGAGUCGCUAACGCUGAUAUUCACGAGUCCUGUCGAGUGCUUUGCUGCGCAGUGCGUGCUGGAAGGAUGGGAUAAGGUGGAUACAAAGCUUGCAGGGGUGAUUGGGGGAUGGAGGGCGGACAUUGAGAAGGAGCUUGUUACCUGGGUGACGCGAAGCCGGGCUAACUCGUGGCAGAAGGCGAUGACGAGUGUACAAGCGACGCACCGGCUAGGGGUUGAAUUCCGAACGCUGGAGACCUACGAGUUUUCGGACGCAAAGUAUAUUUAUCAUUCAGGGAUUCAUAACAUAAUGAAGGAAGUGGGGAAUAUGGCGGCGGACGCUCUUCCUCGGGUUGAGGGAUAUAACUUCAAAGGGAGAGCUCGCGCUCUUGUUGACAAGUGGAAGCCUCUUCUUUUCUCAGAUUUACCUAAGCGGCACUGGAUGCGACGAGGCCAGACUACUCUGGAGUAUGUUUCUGAUUGUAGUGGGUCCUUCGGAAUGCUGUGUAAGGCGCUUACGGCUGGGUAUUUUCUAUCUCUUAUCAACUGA